UCGGAAUUCCUCAUCUGCUGGGAAAACGGUCAGCCCGCAGCGGGUUUUCAUUGGUGUCUGUCUCUUCUGCAGGGUUUUCUGGCUAUUUUGUCAUUUUCCCUCCUCCAUUCUGUUAGUCAAUAUAGUUAAACCCCUGCCGUUACCCUUCUGGGUUCUUUUUCUCCCUGCUUUGGACCCCUCCCCCUUUUAUUUGGAUAUUCAGUUCUCGCUCCUUAAACCCCCUAGGUCCCGUUUCGAAUGUGAUAUAGUCUCGGAUUUCAAUUUAUUAGGUUCUUGGGGGAUCUCCGUGUUACAUCCGCCCUUUAAUUAUUUUUACUUUUUCCCAUCCCUCGCCCUUCCGACUUUCCUCCCCGCCUCGUUUUCCCCGGAUUUCGCUACAAGGAUCACUAUGGCCGACCAACCUCGCUCACCACAGUCACCACCACCACGCUCACCACCUCGCUCGCCUCGAUCGCCAGAAUCGCCAGAAUCCCCCAAGUCACCGGAAUCUCGUAGAUCGCCCGAGGUGGCGCGCCAACCGUCCCAGGAACAACAUGGUCCCGCUUUUAUCGAACCUGAGAACUCUGCUGAUGGCCGCAGCCUCGGCGACGCCAGCUACACGACAAGCAUCACGUCCAGCGCGAUGAACUACCAAUAUGAGCCGAAUGAUGAACAGGAGCAGGAUCGCUUAGAUUUGGUAUGUGUCUUGCAUGAUGCAUCUGCGAUACACGCUAAUCCUGCUCAGAGCCACCAUAUCUAUCGCAUGCUCUUGAAAGGAGAGCUAUGUCGAGCGCCGAUCAAAAACCCCGGUCGUGUCUUAGACAUCGGCACCGGGACGGGGAUAUGGGCGAUCGACUUUGCAGACGAACACCCCAACUCAGAGGUCAUCGGAAACGACCUAAGUCCCAUCCAGCCGUCCUGGAUCCCGCCCAACUGCCGCUUCGAAGUCGACGACUUCGAGCAGGACUGGUCUUACAGCCAAGGUUUCGACUACAUCCACGGCCGCGAGCUGGAAGGCUGCAUCGGCGACCACGACCGACUGUUCCGGCAGGCAUAUGAGAGCCUGCGCCCGAACGGGUACUUCGAGAUCGCGUCGCUGGAGGUGAACACGUACUCGGACGACAACACGCACAUGCGGGCGCCGUGUCUGCUCGAGGGCGUGCGCAACAUGCACGCGGCGUCGAAGAUGUACGGCAAGGACAUGACGACGGUGGUGCAUUGGAAGGAGAUGAUGGAGAACGCGGGGUUUGUGAACGUCCACGAGGAUGUGUACAAGGUCCCCCAAAGCCCCUGGCCCAAAGACCCCAAGCUCAAGGAAAUCGGCCGCUACCAUCAAGUCAACAUGUUCGAGGCGCUGGGGCCGUACUGCUACGCGCUGUUCACGCGCGUGCUGGGCUGGCAGCGUCCCGAGAUCGAAGCCCUGGUGGCGGGGAUGCGCAACGAGCUGCGCGACUUGUCGAAUCACUUGUACUCGAAGGUGCAUAUCGUGUAUGGGCAGCGGCCGGCGACGCAAUAACACCCGUUCCAGCGAUAUCAACCACGACAACGACAACUUAAUGACUCUCCAUCUAUUGCUCUAAUGAAUGGAUUUAUAUCCCGGGUUUCUUUUUUCUUCUGGUUGUUACCGACUAGCCUUGCAUGUGUCUGCCCUGUUAUUUGAGCAUAUUUGUUGUAUUUAUUCAGUUUGGUUUAUUACAUAGUCCAUAGUCAAUAUGCAUACACUGAACGAAC